AGUGCAUGUACGCGUACCAGCUCAUCUACACCGCAUCCGUCCUGGCCAUCAAAACCUCCAUCCUCACCUACUAUGUCCGCAUCUUCCAAAUCCGCCCGUUUCGCAUGGCCGUCUACAUCGUCGGCAGCGUGGUCCUCGUCUGGGCGGCGACCGUCUCGCUCAUCUCCAUCUUCUCCUGCCGCCCCAUCCGCGGCUUCUGGGAUAAGUCGUUGACGGCGAACUGCGUGAACAGCAAGGCGUUUUAUGUCGGAAAUGCCGUUCCCAACAUUAUCACGGAUAUCCUGAUCCUGGUCCUUCCCGUGCGCAUGGUCUGGACGCUCCAGACAACCUUGAUGCAGAAAGUCACGCUGUCCGGCAUUUUCUCCUUGGGUGGCUUUGUGGUGGUGUGUAGUUGUAUCCGUCUGUCGACGCAGUUCAAGGUCGAUGACCCGGAUUUCACAUGGGCCAUGAACGGCACCGUAAUCUGGACGUCGCUGGAGGUCUCCUUCGGCGUCAUCUCCGCGUGCCUGCCCACGAUGCGUCCCCUGGUCCGCUGGGCCUUGCGGAAACUUAACAUGUCGACCCACGAUGCCGGCGACAGCUCGCAACGCGAUUAUGUCGUUACGCACGGCACGGCGCGCGGGUUUGAGACCUUGUCCGGCUCGAUAGUGGAAGACCCGCGCCGGUUCCAGACCAUGGCGAUGCGCAGUAAUAGUCGGACGGAGAGCGAGGGCGACGAGGUGCUGCUAGGCCAGAUUCAGGUCAAAAGUGAGGUCCGGUUAGAAGCCGAGUCCGUCUAGAUUUGGCUGUAAUUGGCAUGUAAAAUAAUGAUAUCAGGCGCUUUUUCUUUUGUUUUUGGGCUACUGGUGGCCUCGCGCUGGGAGUGUGGGUGCUUAGGGCUCGUAUCUGUCGAUGGAUCGACAACGGCUGAUCCAUCAGCCACGACUGUAGAGUGACUCGGUCUGUCCCGCCUCGUAUACAGCCUGUGGACUCGUCUGGAAGAGCCUCUUAGUUUGCUUUGCUAGAGCCGCGUAGACUCAUCUUCGGUGAAUCACCCGUUAGACCCGCC